AUGGACAUACCAAAGCAUCCCUAUGAUACCUGUAGCCUUAUUACUAGGUUUUUUGAGUUUUGGCUAGUUAAGCACAUAUGAUACAGAUUUAAGCACAAGGCCUCAGAAGAAACCUUAAUUCCUCCACCUGAAAAAGAAGACUUGAAAAGUAACUAUUUAAGGGUGAAGCAUGCAUGGGAGCAAGAAAAGCUGAAGCAUAGACCGAGUUUUGAAAGGGCUUUGUGAAGUGUUUAUUGGAAAGAGUAUAUUUUGUCUGGGCUGCCCAUGAUUAUUUCUCUAGGGUGCAAUUUAGGAGUUUCUUUACUUAUCGGAGAAAUUAUAAGCUUUUUAGAAGAUGGGUCAGAUUUGUAUAUAGGAAUUCUUUACGGUCUCGGAAUUUUAUUUUUAGCACUGCUUAGCCAAAACCAAAACGACCGAGUAUUCUUUAAUUAUGCAAGCUUAGGAUCCAGAAUUCAAUUUGCGUCUAUGCUUUUAAUUUAUGACAAAUUAUUAGAUAUCUCAAAUAUUACGCUAAACCAAGAAAGCGUAGCAGCAAGCUUAGUGAGCACAGCUACAACAGAUUUAAGUAUUUUUGAACAGCUUACAAUUACAAGCUUUAUAUGGACAAUUCCUUUUUAUGAAGUUGGUGCACUUGUCAUUUUGGCCAUUAAGCUGGGGUGGUCAGGAGUAAUUGGGCUGGUUUUUAUAAUUCUGAAUAUUCCGUUGCAAAUUUAUUUGUCAAAUCUCACAGCAAAAUAUAGAGGGAAAAUUGGUAGGGAGUCAGGCCAAAGAUUAGGCUUGACUACUAAUUUGAUAGAAGGGAUAAGGAUCAUUAAAAUGUAUGCAUGGGAGUUGCCAUUUUAUGAAAUUUUAAGCAGAAUUCGCAAUAUUGAGCUUUCUCUAUACUGAAAAAAAGCUAUCAUCAAAGUCCUCACUUUUACCCUACUUGUAUCUGGACAAGGUUUUGUAUUAUUAUUGACAUUUUAUGUACAUGUAAAGAUGGGAGGCACUUUGGGGCUAUCAAGUGUAUUCAGUGCUAUCAGUGUCUUGAACAAUUCACAUUUUUACAUCACAGGAAUGGUCUCUAUUGGCAUGAUUCUUCAAGGAUUUAUGAAAGCUGUUUGUCAACGUGUAACAAAUACUCUUUUACUACCAACAAAAGAACACUAUGUGAGAAGAGAUAAGCAGAACUGUGCAGUCCAUUUAAUAGAAGUAAACGCGUCAUGGAGCGUGAUGGAAAGAGAAGAUGUUUUGCACACUUCCAAUGGGCUUGUGACCUCAUCUGCAGACUCCCCUUCAUACGUUUUGAAAAAUGUCACUUUUCAUGUAGAGCCAGGUGAGCUUUGCGCAAUUGUGGGAUCUGUUGCCUGCGGGAAAUCAACUGUCUUGCAGACGAUAUUAGGAGAAACAUUUUUGGUCGGGGGAGAUGUCGUUGUAGGGGGUUCUGUUGCCUAUGUGGAGCAAGAACCUUGGAUUAUAACAGGCACUUUUAGAGAUAAUAUAGUAAUGGGUCACGAUUAUGAGCCAGAGUUUUACGAAAACACUAUACAAUGCUGCGCACUUUCAGAAGACUUACUUCUACUUUGAAUAUAUCCUUUUCCAAUUUAAAGGGGGGUUUAAAUUUAUUUUAUACUUUUCUCUAUUUUUUUUUUUUAAAAUAUUUAAAAUUUUAAAAAUAUAAAUUUAGCGAGAUAAUUUGAAUUUUAAUUAUUUUUUUACUCCCCCCCCCCCCCCCUCCGUGCGAACAAAACCAUUAGAAAAAUCGCCAUUUUUUGACCAAAAACCCACCCUCCGUGAGUGAACAAAAUUUUUUUAAUAGAGAAAAAAUUUUAAUGAAAAAAAAUUUUGAUAUAUAAGUGAUAAUUAGUAUAAUGAAAUCUAGAGCUAAUUCUGUUUAAUUUUAAACAAAUUGCGUUUUAAAACAUAAAUUUUGCAAAUUAAAUUAAUAUUUGCUUCCCAAUUUUUGCAAAUUAGGAUUUUUUUAAAUUUCGAAAAAAAUAUUUUUUAUAAAAUUUAUAUAUAAAUUUUUUUAAAAAAAAAAAUUAACCCCCCUCCGUGAGCGAACAAAAUUUUUUUGUUCGCUCACGGAGGGGGGGGGGGGGAGUUAGUUAAAAUUUAAUUUUAUAAAAAUUAGUUUUUAUUAUAAUUUUUUUUUUUAUUUUUAUGAAGAAUUAAAAUAAAAAAUUAGUCAAUUGAGUGUGAAAAAUUCUUAAAUAGUAUUCUACUUUCUUUUUGUCUAUUAAAUUAGAAGGUUUAUAAAACAUUUUAUAUUGAACUUUUAAGUUUUUCCAAAAUUUUAAAAAUAUAUAAAUUGAACGAAAUAAUUUAAACUUUAAUUUAUUUUUAUGAAGAAUUAAAUAAAAAAAAUUAAUAAAUUCAGUGUGAGAGUUUUUAAAUAGCAUCCUGCUUGCAUUUUAUGAUUAAAUUAGGUCAAAACUAGCAUUUUAUCAAUAAAAUUUAAAGUGAGGAGUUAGAAAAAAUGAAGUAUGGUGACAAAACAUUGGUAGGAGAACGUGGAAACAGCUUAUCAGGUGGCCAAAAAGCCAGAAUUGCUAUAGCCAGAGCUGUUUAUUCCUCAAAAGACAUUUAUUUGCUCGACGAUCCCCUCAGUGCUGUCGAUUCAAAAGUCGCUGACAAGCUUUUCAGUGUUUGCAUCAAAGGCAUGCUCCGUGAGAAAACCCGUCUUUUAGUUACUAACCAAGUGCACUUUUUACCGCAAUGCGACAAAAUUAUUUUACUUGAUUCCGGAAGAGUUGUAUUCUGUGGGACCUAUGAAGACAUGCAAAAAGAGGAAUGGGCUCUUGAAAUGAUAGGCCAAAACUCAGAAAGCUUCAAAAAUGAAGGCCACAAGCUUCAAGUAGCGUUUGGCGAAGAAGCCAAGAAAUCGACUUCAUAUAACUUCAACUCUGAAAAAGAAGAAGAUAAGAACACUGUGAUGGUAGAAGAACAAGCGAAUGGUGGGGUGCCCCUUAAAUGCUACUAUAAAUUUAUGAGGGAUGGAUUUUACUACUGCUGCCUUGUAGUGACCUUUUUAAUUGCAUGCAUUUGCAUACAGUUUGUCUAUGUUAUAAUGCAAUGGUGGAUUUCUUAUUGGACUAGCCAAAAUGAGGAUGAGCAAGACAGCGGGUAUUAUCCAUUGGUGUUGCUGAUCUUGUCUGUUAUUGUGUUUGUGACCACUUUUUUUAGGAACAGUAUUUUGAUGAAGUGUCUUUAUAUAUCUUGCUCUAAACUUCAUAAAAGUGCUAUAUCAGGGAUUUUAUUUUCGCCAGUAAGAUUUUUCGAUUCAACUCCAUCAGGAAGGAUUAUUAAUAGAUUUUCACGUGAUUUAUUUUUUGUAGAUGAGCUUGCUGUUGGGAAUUUAACAGACUCUUUGAUGUUCAGCUUAAUUGUUCUUGGGAGUAUUAUCACAAUGAUAUACAUUGUACCUAUCAAUUUGGCUGCUUUAGGUGUAUUUGUAGUUAUAGCUUAUUACAUUUAUCAUGUUUCAGGCUCACAUAUAAGGGAUUUAAAACGAAUGGAUUUAAUAUAUAGAAGCCCCAUACAGUCCAGCUUUAAUGCCACCGUCUCUGGGCUUGUAAAUAUCAGAUGCUAUGAUUGGCAGAACCAUUUCAGAAACUCAAUAACAGAAGUGGUCAAGAAAUCUCAGUAUAUUUUAUCAAAUUAUGUGGCUGCUUUAAGAUUCUAUCUACUGUUUAUAGGGAUGACAGGAGGGGGUGUUCUUGGAAUUAAUGCAAUUCUUAUUGUAUUGGUGCUAGGGCAAAGUGAUAGCCAAUUGGCUAGUCUAAGUUUAAGCUUCAGCGUGAGUGUUAUGGCAUUUUUGCCUUGGUGUUUUCGCAUGAUCAUUGACACACAGAUUUCAAUGUCAAGCACUGAUAGGCUUUACGAUUAUACAACACUAUUGCCGGAAGGGGAUUUGAAUGUUAAAGAGUUUCAAAUAACAACAGGAAAAAUUGAGUUUCAAGAAGUUACGAUGAGAUAUCGAGAGCAUUUAGAGUUUUCUUUGGUUAGUGCGAGCUUUAUUAUUCCUGGUGGGACAAGAGUAGGUGUUGUAGGCCGCACUGGGAGUGGUAAAAGCACCCUAUUUCAAGUUCUGUUUAGAUCUUUUCCGUUAUAUGAUGGAGCUAUUUUUAUUGAUGACCAAGACAUCACACAGCUCGGUCUCCAUGACCUAACUCCUCCUCCGUGAGUGAACAUAAAUCUUGUUCAUUCACGAAAGGGGGUUAGUUUUUUUUGUUAAACAAUUAAAUAUAUAGCAGUUUUUUUUUCCAAAAUUUUAAAAAAAUCCAAUUUGAAAGCAAAUAUUAUUUUAAUUUUCAAAUUUAUGUUUUAAAAUCUAAGUUGCUUAAAAUUAAACAGAAUUAGCUUGAGAUUCAUUAUAAUAGUUAUCACUUAUAUAUUAAUUUUGUUUUUUUAAAAAACAUUUUUUCUGGGUUUUUUGAAAAAAACGGGAUUUUUCCAGUGGGUUUUUUUCCCUUACGGAGUGGAAGUAAGGAAAAAUCUCUCCAUUAUUCCACAGUCACCGUUUUUAUUUUCAGCAUCACUGCGAAAAAAUCUAGACCCGUUUGAUCAGCACGAUGAUGAAGCAUUAUGAAAAGUCCUCGAAUGCGUCGAUCUAGCUGACUAUUUCGAAAAUUCUUCACAUGGCUUGGAAACUGAGCUUAGUUCCAAUUCAGCUGCCUUGUCUGUAGGACAAAAACAGUUAAUUUGCCUAGCAAGAGCUAUAUUAAAAAAUAACAAAAUUCUCGUCAUCGAUGAAGCUACAGCAUUUGUAGAUUUAAAUACAGAUCAAUUUAUACAAGAAACCAUUAGAAGAAUGUUUAAAGGAGCCACCAUUUUAACCAUAGCCCAUAGACUGCAUACAGUUAUAGAUAGCGACGCCAUUAUUGUUAUGGAUAAAGGAAGAAUCCAGGAAAUCGGGAAGCCUGAAGAUUUGAUCAAAAGAAAAGGGACAAUGUUUGGGAAAAUGGUUAACUCAUAUGGAGCCAGUGAAGCAACAAGACUUAGAAAAGCAACUGUAAAGGAAGCACCGCUGUUACCACAAUUUUCAAUUUCUAUGAGAAAACUGGAGUCUAUGAACAAUAAAGUCAGAAAUACUAUCAAGCAAAUUGAUUAG